AUGGCGAGUCAGGGCGACGUCGAGCGCGCUGACACCCGCCGUGGCUCUCGCAUCUCGCGAGCCUCUCUCAGAGAGGACUACGCCAGUCUGGAUGAGUACGGCAAGCUUGUCAAGUACGUGUCUACCUUCCGAGAUGCGGGCGUUGAGCAAGCCGAGGCCGGUGAGUAUGAGGAGCAACGUGUUUGGUAUGCCCCAUGGAAGAAGCGCAAAGUUCGUGUCCAGCCUGCCGAGGACGAAGCCGGUCGUUUCCCGGACGAUUGGCUUAUUACCAAUAUCCGCGAGGGUCUGUUAAGUGAGGUAGUCAACCAGCGCCGUCGACGCGCGGGAUGGAAUGAACUCGUCUCCGAGAAGGAGAAUCCCAUCGCCAAGGUCCUGUCUUACUUUCGUGGUCCAAUUCUUUACGUCAUGGAACUCGCUGUCUUACUGGCUGCUGGUCUGCAAGAUUGGGUGGACUUUGGUGUGAUCAUCGGCAUUUUGUGUCUGAACGCCUCCGUGGGUUGGUAUCAAGAGAAGCAGGCCGCCGAUGUGGUUGCUAGCCUCAAGGGUGACAUCGCUAUGCGUGCUCUCGUCAUUCGUGACAACUCUCAACAGGAGAUUCUUGCUCGUGAACUCGUCCCUGGUGAUGUAAUUAUCGUUGGUGAAGGCCAAGUCGUUCCUGCAGAUGCGAAGAUUAUCUGCGACUACAAUGAUCCAAACGGCUGGGAGGAGUUCAACCAACUACAGCAGGAGGGCAUGCUUGACGGUGGCUCCGACUCUGAAGAAGAAGACCAGGAGCAAAAGAAGGACACCGACCAGGGUACUAGUGAUGGACAGGAACCCACUGCAGAUGGGGGCGAGGAACAGCCACAGCCACAGCACCGUCCCCGUAAGCGUGGAUAUCCCAUUUUGGCUUGCGAUCACUCUGCCAUCACGGGCGAAUCUCUUGCAGUUGACCGUUACAUGGGCGACGUCAUCUUCUACACCACCGGCUGCAAGCGCGGCAAGGCUUACGCUGUUGUCCAGACUGGUGCGAAGACCUCCUUUGUUGGCCGCACUGCCAGUAUGGUCCAGUCUGCUAAGGGCGCUGGUCAUUUUGAGAUUGUAAUGGAUAACAUCGGAACGUCGCUGUUGAUUCUGGUCAUGGCUUGGAUCCUGGCUGCUUGGAUUGGUGGAUUCUUCCGCCAUAUUCCAAUUGCCUCCCCCGGUCAGCAGACAUUGCUUCACUACACCUUGUCGCUGCUGAUUAUUGGUGUUCCUGUUGGUCUUCCCGUCGUCACUACUACCACGAUGGCUGUGGGCGCUGCCUAUCUUGCAAAGAAGAAGGCUAUCGUGCAGAAGUUGACUGCCAUUGAAUCUCUUGCUGGCGUGGAUAUUCUUUGCUCCGACAAAACUGGAACCUUGACAGCCAACAAACUGAGUAUUCGGGACCCUUAUGUGGCUGAAGGAGUCGACGUUGACUGGAUGUUUGCGGUUGCUGCCCUUGCUUCCUCGCACAAUGUCGAAUCCCUGGAUCCUAUCGAUAAAGUCACCAUCUUGACCCUUCGCCAAUACCCAAAGGCCAGAGAUAUCCUGCGACGUGGUUGGAAGACUGAGCGGUUCACCCCUUUUGAUCCAGUGUCCAAGAGAAUCGUGACUGUGGCUAUCUGUGAUGGCAUUCGAUACACCUGUACUAAGGGCGCACCCAAAGCCGUUCUUCAGCUCACUAAGUGCUCGAAGGAAACCGCUGAUAUGUACAAGGCCAAAGCUCAGGAGUUUGCUCACCGAGGUUUCCGCUCUCUGGGUGUUGCCGUUCAGAAGGAAGGCGAAGAUUGGACUCUGCUCGGAAUGCUCCCCAUGUUCGAUCCUCCACGCGAAGACACUGCUCAGACUAUCAGCGAAGCUCAGAAUCUUGGCAUUAGUGUCAAGAUGCUCACUGGUGAUGCUAUCGCCAUUGCUAAGGAAACCUGCAAGAUGUUGGCCCUGGGUACUAAGGUCUACAACUCGGAUAAGCUUAUUCACGGUGGACUGAGUGGUGCCAUGGCUAGUGAUCUGGUCGAGAAAGCGGACGGAUUUGCCGAGGUGUUCCCAGAGCACAAAUACCAGGUUGUUCAGAUGCUUCAAGAACGCGGUCACCUUACUGCCAUGACCGGCGAUGGUGUGAACGAUGCCCCAUCUCUCAAAAAAGCUGAUUGCGGUAUCGCUGUUGAAGGAGCCUCGGAAGCCGCUCAGUCCGCCUCGGACAUUGUGUUUCUGGAGCCUGGCCUUUCGACUAUCAUCGACUCGAUCAAGGUUGCUCGCCAGAUUUUCCACCGCAUGAAGGCGUAUAUCCAGUAUCGUAUCGCCCUCUGUCUGCACCUGGAAAUCUACCUUGUGACUGCGAUGAUUAUCCUCAACGAAAGUAUUCGUGUCGAGCUUAUCGUUUUCCUGGCUCUCUUUGCCGAUCUUGCGACUGUUGCCGUGGCCUAUGAUAACGCGUCAUUUGAACUGCGACCUGUGGAAUGGCAACUCCCAAAGAUUUGGUUUAUCUCGGUGCUCCUGGGUGUACUCCUUGCAAUGGGUACUUGGGUUGUUCGCGGAUCUAUGUUCCUGAAAUCGGGCGGGGUCAUUCAAAACUGGGGUUCUAUUCAAGAAGUGAUCUUCUUGGAAGUCGCUCUCACAGAGAACUGGUUGAUUUUCGUGACUCGUGGCAUUGAGACCUGGCCAUCCAUUCAACUGGUUACUGCUAUUCUGGGAGUGGACAUUCUAGCCACAAUCUUCUGUUUGUUUGGUUGGUUCACGAACGAGAACAUGCCGACGAAGCCCGUGGACCAGUUCGUUGAGACCAAGAACGGAUGGACUGAUAUCGUCACUGUGGUCCGAAUCUGGGGCUAUUCUCUUGGUGUGGAGAUCGUGAUUGCUCUCGUUUACUUCAUUCUCAACAAGAUCUCCUGGCUUGACAAUCUGGGCCGUGCCAAGCGCAGCAAGGGGGAUAUCAAGAUUGAGAGCUUGCUUGGCCAUCUGGCUCGUCUCACGAUUGAGUAUGAAGAGCCUGGUAAGCCCAAGGGCCGUUUCUUCUUGUCUGCUAGCAAGGAGGAAGAGGAUGUGGAAUAA